AUGGCCUGCGACGGGUCGUGCGCGGCGUGCGCCAGUGCCACAUCGUGCGCCGCCUGCCAGCCGGGGCUGGUGUUCCUCGCGGCGGAUGAGCAGGUGGCGUCCCUGUGCGGGAGCGUCUGCCUGCCGGGGCAGUAUGUCGGGACUGGCCGGUGCGCCGAGUGCGAUGCCUCGUGCGAGCUGUGCGCCGGCGGUGCGGCAUCGUGCACGGUGUGCGCCGAGGGUUUCGGCUGGGCGAGCCCGCCGGGCCCGGGGAGCACGGGGGCUUGCGUCGCCUGCGACCCGGGGUGUGUGUCCUGCACGGCGGGCCGGUGCCUGGUCUGUGAGCAGGGGCUGCUCCUUGGGCCGGAUGGGGCCUGUGUGGCCUCCUGCCCGGCCGGGUGGUGGCCCAACGGCGAGUCGUGCCAGCCGUGCGAUGUCAGCUGCGGCACCUGCACCGGCGGCGAUGCCGACCAGUGCACCGGCGCGUGCACCGGGGUCCGGAGCACCGAGUGCGGUGCCUGCAUCGACGACCUGCUGGCCCUGCCGGCCGGGCAGACCCCGACGCGUUGCAUGGCCGCCUGCCCGGCCGGGUACAAUGCCUCGGCCGGCGGGUGCGCCGCCUGCCCGGAGCACUGCGCCAGCUGCCCGGCCUCCUCAGUCGCCUGCGCCCAGUGCGAGCGUGGGUGGCUGCUGUCCGGGUCGAGCUGUGUGGACAGCUGCCCGGCCGGCACCUCGACGCAGGGCAGCCUCUGCCUGACGUGCCACGGGACCUGCGCCGAGUGCUUCGGCGACAAGGCGCACCAGUGUCUGGGCUGCCGGCCGGAGGCGCCGCUGCUGGUUGGCGGCACCUGCCGUGACACCUGCCCAGGGGGGUUCUUCGAGCAGGACCAGGCAUGCCAGUCAUGCGGCCCGACAUGUGCCUCCUGCUCGGGGCCGGGGCCGGACCGGUGCACGAGCUGCCCCGAGGACCGUGCUCUCCUGCGGGGGUCUUGCCUGCUCGACUGCCCGGAUGGCUUCUUCGCUGAGGAGGGCGUCUGUCGCGAGUGCUUGGACUCCUGUGCCACAUGCACCGAGGGCAGUGCCUGCACGCGGUGCAAGGGCCAGGCCCUGGUCGGGCCCGAGGGGACUUGCAUGACGUCCUGUCCGGAUGGCUGGCACGAGUGCUCGGGGUCGGGCAGGUGCCUGGCCUGCCCGGGCCACUGUACGACGUGCGUCUCGGCCGAUGUGGCCUGCGCGGCCCUUUGCACGGCAUGUGAGGAGGGGUUUGUCCUGUCGGCCGGCGCGUGCCAGGCCUCCUGCCCGAGCGGGGAGUUUGCGGCCCCGGGGUCGGGCAUUUGUCAGCCCUGUGACGCUGGCUGCGGGAGCUGCUUCGGCUCGGCGGACCACUGCACGAGCUGCAACGGUGGCCUCCUGCACCCGGGCGCGGGCAUCUGCGCGUCGACCUGCGCCGGGGCGUCGGCCCCGGUGGUCGGCGUCUGCCUGAGCUGCUUCGCCGGGUGCGAGCAGUGCGAGGCCGGGCCCGGCCAGUCGGAUGUGGCCCCCCUGCCGGGGGACGGCCCGCUGGCGGCGGCGCGCGACCUCGUCGAGGCUGGCUGGCAGGCGGAUCCCGGUCGGCGGCCGGGCACCGCGGCCUUCCGCCAGCGCUGUGCUGCUCUGUUUGUGGCGGCCGGCGGCCUGACUGCCCCGUGA